UCUCAAUUUAGCUCUCGUCUCGUGCAGUCAGUCAGUCAGAAGAAAUCGAAAGACGACGCAAAACGGUGAAAGAAAUCUGAAAAGAAGUCAGAAAACCUUUAACCGUCCGACCGACCGCCCCGCGUUGAUUUUUUCUGGUUAGACCCCGCUUAGCCUUGCGAUUGUGUGUGCGUGUGUGUUUAUCUGUCUGUGCCUGUGUGUGUGUGUAUUUGUAGUGCGGGUGUUUUUUCUUAGACAGAUGGGGCCUCCGAGAUGAAAGGUGUUAAAACUAUAAUCACAACAAAUCAUCAUUAAGAAAAACUUCAAAAAAUAUAAAGAAAGAAAAACUUCAAAAAAAAAACGAGACUGUAAAGAUAAACGACAUUAAAUUUUAGUUCAAGAAAAUGCGAAAUCACAAAGAAAGCAGCGGAAACAGACAGACGAUAAUAUCAUCAUCAUCAUCAUCGUCGUCGUCGUCAUCGUCAUCAAGCUCCUCCAAUUCCUCCUCCACCUCGACUGAAUCCAAAAUGGAUAAAAUGGACAAUAAUAAUCAAAAGCAACAUCAACAGUCUGGAGAUGGCAAAGUUUUAGUUGUUUCGAAACUUUUGCUCAAAUCAACAUCAAACAACACAUCAUCGUCCUGCAUGAAGGAUAAUAACAACAGCAGCAAUGGUCAUAGCCAACGGCAACGACCUGCAUCCAUCUCGCCCAGCAGCAACAACAACAACAAUCACAGCAAUGUCAGUUUCAGUUCCGCCUCAGUUGCCGGCUCAAUACAGGAUGAUCCACAGCUUCAGCAUCAAUCGCAGACACAACUCGACCAAUGCGGUUUAACCCAAGCCGGAUUAGAGGAAUAUAAUAAUCGUUCAUCUUCCUACUAUGAUCCGGCAGUGUUUCAUCAUCAGAAGCAGCCAUCGUAUGCCCAAUCUGAAGGCUAUCAUAGUUAUGUAUCCAGUUCGGAUUCCACCUCAGCCACACCAUUCUUGGACAAAUUACGUCAGGAGAGCGAUCUAUUGUCGCGACAAUCACAUCAUUGGUCUGAGAAUGAUCUCUCAUCGGUCUGCAGUAAUUCUGUGGCGCCAUCGCCCAUUCCAUUACUGUUGGCACGACAGUCCAACAGCAAUAGCAAUGGCAACAACAACAACAACCAUAACCAGGCUGCCUCCUCCGUUAACGUCUCAUCCAACUCAGCCAAUUCCUCCGCCUCCGCCUCCGCCAUCACCUCCAUAUCCAACAAUAAUCACAGCAUUAAUUCGAGCAACAAUAAUAACAACAACAACAACAGUUCGGAGAGCACUUCAUCUACAGAGACUCUAAAAUGGUUGGGCUCCAUGAGCGAUAUCUCCGAGGCGAGUCAUGCAACAGGCUAUAGUGCCAUAGCUGAGUCGGUUUCCUCCUCGCAGCGCAUUGUGCAUAGUUCUCGUGUCCUAACGCCCAAGCGUCAUCAUAGCGAGAGUGUACUGUAUUUGCACGACACUGAAACCUCGACGACGGCAACGACAAUGCCGCCACUUGGUGGAGACGAAACGAGCUCACCCACCGAUGAGAUUUCGACAGCUCAACAGCCGUUGAUGCGUAUUCAACAUCGUCAUAGUCCCAGCUAUCCGCCCGUACACUCAACCAUGGCUUUGCAUCAUUUCCAGCAACAGCAUUUAAGCACACAAAGUUCCUUGCCAGAAUUGAAGACGACAAGAGUAUCGAAAGCAACGCUUCGAUCUCCACACUUGGGUCAGUCACAGUCAACGGGAGAUCUCCAGCAAAAGCAGCAGCAACAGCCACGUCCGGGACAACAGCACAAGUCUAGCAUUUCGGUGACCAUAUCCAGUAGUGAGGCUGUGGUCACUUUGCCACCUCAGCCACCUGCCAGUAAGCCAAUUAAACCGCAGCAGCUAUGCAAAUCGGAUGCCUUGAGCUGCAGUGCACCCAAUGUGGGUGAAUCGACAUCGGUGGUGUCGCCCACCGAUUCGUAUCGCAGCAAUCAUCGACUAUUUCCGGUUAGCACUUAUACAGAGCCAGUGCAUAGCAAUACCUCGCAAUAUGUUCAACAUCCCAAGCCGCAGUUUAGCUCGGGACUAAACAAGUCCAACAAACUACAACCUGUGAUAACUCCAGGGGGAGCCACCGUUCAACCCACCUGGCAUUCUGUGGCCGAGAGAAUCAAUGAUCUUGAGCGCAUACAAAUGGGAGAACCACCGAAAUUUGCCUAUUUAGAGCCAACAAAGACACAUCGCCUUUCCAAUCCGGCAUUGAAGGCAUUGCAAAAGAAUGCCGUGCAAUCGUAUGUAGAGCGACAGCAGCAGCAGCAACAAAAGGAGGAGCAACAAUUGCUGCGUCCACAAUCGCAGUCCUAUCAAGCUCUGAUUGUGGAACGCAAGUCUUUGCCCAAUAAUUUGAGUCCCAUUACGGCAACCUCAUCGAGUGGCAGCAGUUGCAGUUCACCCACACCACCACCACCGCCCCCAAGGUCGCGUAGUCUUCUGCCCAAUAUUCUAAGACGUUCCAGUUCGGCAUCGGAUUAUGCCGAGUUUCGAGAUCAGCAUCAGCCGAUGCCGCCUCAUCAUGCACAGCAACAGCAGCCACUUCAUCCACAGGGAAUUAGGAAUAUCAGCAAUGCUGAGAAAAUAUCCUUUAACGAUUGUGGCAUGCCACCGCCACCACCUCCGCCGCGUGGCCGAGUGGCUAUGACCACACGACGGACAUCAUCGGCCACCGAAUAUGCUCCGAUGAGGGCCAAGUUGAUGUUGCAACAGGCAGCUGCUUUGGCCCAUCAACAACAUCAUCCGCAACAGCAUCGCAACAAUUACCCCAAUAAUAAUGGUAAUCAUCCACAUGUACAGGCUCCCGAACGUCCACCCAAGCAUCCAAAUUUACGAGUGCCUUCGCCAGAAUUGCCACCGCCACCUCAGAGUGAACAACUGGAUACCAGUUAUACCUUUGAUGAGCCAUUGCCCCCACCACCGCCACCGGAAGUGUUGCAACCGCGGUCAACCGCUCCCGCGUCGCCCAAUAGACGCAAUAGUUUUGCUGGAGCCGCCUCCACGAGAAGCUCUGUUCGUGGAACGGCAGCAGCUCAUCCCAAGGUGCCACCAUUAGUGCCCAAGAAGCCAAGUAGCUUACAGCAGCAGCAGCAGCAGCAGCAUAAGCUCGUCAAUGGCACUUCUUCAGUUUCCUCAUCGUCGUCUUGCAAUCUGCCCACAAAUAAUCGCAAACGUCCACAUCAGACGCCACAGUUGCAGCAGCCUCAGCCCAUCCAUUCGGAGAGCGUUGGCAGCACUGGGGCGCCGCCUCUGCUGCCGCGUGCCAGACAGCCCACAGCCCACAAUGACAAUGUCAUAGCCAGCAAUUUGGAAAGCAAUCAACAGAAGCGAUCAAACUCGAAGGCCUCCUACCUACCGAGACAGAGUUUGGAGAAGCUAAACAAUACAGAUCCCGAUCAUGGCAUUUAUAAGUUAACUCUAACCCCCAAUGAAGAUAUUGUGGCCCAUCAUCAUCAUCAAUAUCAUCAUCACCAUACAAAACCCAGCUAUGGUGUAAGUGGUGGCAAACUAACCAAUAAUCUUCCUGAUGUCUUACCCUUGGGCGUUAAGCUGCAAACGCAAACUAAGCCACCGUUGUUGGCCCAACAACAACAACAACAGCCCAGCUCACCGAAUGGUGGGGAAAAUUUAGUGGUGCCACUACGUUAUGGCUCCAACAAUAACCUCGCAACGAAUACACAUUCACCCACAGGUGUGACAUCGCCAUAUACCAUGAUCUAUGGCCAGGCGACAACCGGAACUGGGUUGGGUCAACGCUAUUCCUCGCCAGCUUUGGGUCAGGGCUAUGGCAAGACAACGACACCGUAUCUAAGAUCUCAGUCAUAUGAUAUGAUGAACAAGCAGCAGCAGGCACAACACUCAAUGGUGACCCAGUCGCAUAGUGAUCUUAAGCAAGCCGCCCAUGACCUCGAAACUACAUUAGAAGAGGUGAUUAUGUUGCCGCCACCACCCACCACGCCCACGCCCACACCGACACCGCCACGCUUAUCGCCGGCCUCAUCUCAAUCGGAUUGCAGUUCAUUGGAACUUUCUUCGAAUGCCGGCGAGGGAUCUCACAUCUUUCGCGCUGAGGUUAUUAGCACCACUUUGAGUCAUCCUCAAACGAAACCGCCGUCCAUGAAUCGUCAGGAAUCUCUAAGAGAGAAUAUAGAAAAAAUCACACAAUUGCAAUCGCAGCUAAUGUCGGCUCAUAUAUGUGAAACGGGCAUAUUGCUGGGUCAUGCCAAAUUAGCAAGUCCAAGUUCCAACAAACCAGCACCACCACCACCACCGCCACCACAACCAGUAGCGAGUAGUCCUAUUUCUCCAACUACACCGCCGCCGCCGCCACCGCCCCACACUUGUCCACCAGCCCACGAUGACACCGAUGAAGUGGUUGAGAUGGGUCUGCAAUUGAUGCAACGCAGUGAAAUUGUUCUGAUAGUUAAUCCAAAGCCAAUUACCAUGGAUAUGGCUUGUCAAACUGAUGAUUUAUUUGAUCGCGAAGCAUUGGAUUUGUUGGUGGAGCAGCAAGAGCAACAAACGCGCACCACAUUGCAGCCACGUCAACGUCAACCCAUUGAACUGGACUAUGAGUUACUGAGUCGAGAGUUGCUCAAGCUGCUUCAGCCCAGCGAUAAGCUUGUCGAAAUUCUAACACCAAAGAGCUGCAAGCCAACCCAUGAGUAUGUCAGCAAUCUAUAUAAUCCAGAUGUUCCCCUACGUCAAGCCAAGCGAGAUGUGGGCACAUCGACACUAAUGCGCAUGAAAUCCGAUUCGAGUGAAGCAUCAACGCCAGAGAUAUCGGGCAAAAUGAUCAAUAUAGUGCAAUUGCAUUUAACCGAUCCCAGUGGCGAGGGCACGAAUUUAAUCAAACAGAAAAUGGAUGAACUCCUAAGACGAUUGAACCAAAAAAUAGGCUCUCUGAAGCGUGAACAGCAAACAAUUGGAGAGGAAAGCUCCAUGAAUGAUAAAUUGGGUCAAGAGCUAUUUGCCCAGCUGGCCGAAAAAGUCCGUCCCAGCGAAGCCUCCAAGUUUCGUACCUAUAUCGAUGAUGUGGGUCAUAUAACUAGCCUGCUUUUGUCCCUGUCCGAGAGAUUGGGACAAACUGAAAGUAGUCUCGAAUCGAGACCACAAGAUAAGAGCAUUUUGGAAUCGAAACGUGAACGUCUGUACGAACAAUUGGAGGAAGCUCAGCGUCUGAAGUCCGAUAUUGAUCGUCGUGGCACUACUAUUGCCUCAUUGUUGGGCAAACAUCUCACUGCCGAUAUGUGUGCGGAUUAUGAUUAUUUUAUCAAUAUGAAGGCCAAACUAAUUGCCGAUGCCCGUGACUUGGCCGAGAGAAUCAAAAGCAGCGAAGAGCAAUUGACCACGCUAAACGAUGCGCUAGUCCAAAGUGAUUGCUAAACAAAAAGAAAACAAAAAAAAAACACUACACGAAAUUAAAUUAGUGUGCUACAGUUUUAGAGUUUUUGGAUCGAAUAAUUUUCCCUGCUGUCAACUUAAAGUUGAUAGACCUACGAGAGAGUAUUCGAGCCGACAGCAAGAAAUUCGUUAUACAUACGACUAUAAGAAAACUAUUAA